GGGAAAUCAUGCACGUGUGUUGCUAGCUGCAAUAAUGUUAACUAACCGCAGAAGGGUUCAUUUACGAGCAAAAACUGAAUAAUUACAGGUUAAAAUACUGCGUUAGCUUGUAGCAUGAAACGUUUUUUCGGCCGUGAAAAUGACUGACACUUUCUGGUAGUGGCAGUUAGCUACUUAAAACCACGUAAAUAUGACUAUUUUCUGUUAUUACAGCUGAAUAACAAUUAAAACUCGGUAAUGGCUGUUCUGUCGUCUUUGCUUUUUGCUUCCACUCGUCUCCUCGCACCGUUUCGAUUACUGUUUUGGGAACUGGCAGUUGACACACGGAUAACAUGGCUUUCCUUGUCAGUCCAGCGUUGUUACACGUCGGACACUUCAGUCUCAUCAGCUGAUCAUCUCAGCUCUGGACUUGAGAAGUACAAGGACUUACAGAAGUAUUUCAGCCGGAGACUGAAGGCAGCUUACCACAGGUUCUCCAAUGUACCCGAUCACUCGAUGGUAUUUGGACAUCACCAUAUGUAUUUCAUUGAAGAGGAUGGCAUCUACAGAAUGGACAGGAGACAGAGUGAUCUGGAGCCAGAGCAGGUGUUAGAUAUAGGACAAGUCUCUGGAGGGCAGGAGAAUGAAGAGAGGAAGCAAAGGUUUCAGUGGACAGUCCAGAGAAUCCGUCUGUCCCCACAGGAGAAGCAUCUUGCUGCCACACUGAAGUUUAGUCACAGAGAAGAGCUGAGGUGUGUAGUUGUGAGGCUUGGAAAGAGACAUUUACUGCCAGUGGAUCCCCAACCCGUCAUACUCACACUGGAGAAAGUCUUCAGCUUUGAGUGGGCCACAGAUAAUGUCCUGUUUUACACAACUCUGGAGGAGCUUCGUUCCAGUGCAGUGUAUUGUCUGGAUCUGACCUCCAGUGGCAGCAGGAUAACCCCUGUGUAUGAGGAAACACAGCCGGAUGUGUUUGUGGAGGUUGCCCUGUCCAGAGAUCGACAGGUCCUGACAAUCAACUGCAACAGCAGGAGCAGUUCAGAGGUGCUGCUAUGUGAUAUAACAAGAUCCCACUUGGAGCCUUUUUUGGUUCAGCCGCGACAGCUGGACCUCCUAUACCAUGUGGAACACUGGAGGAAGUGGUUUAUUAUGCUGGCUAAUACAGGGCCCGGACAAGAAUAUCAGGUCGUGAAGGCCCCUCUCUCUGAGCCAUCCAAGGCCUCUUGGGACUCCUUGUAUGCCCCUGACCCUGGCACUGUAAUUAAAGACAUGGAUAUCGUUGGAGACCAUUGUGUGUUGGUCACAACAACAGCAGUCAGUCAACUUGCCCUGAUCGUGGUCCCACUGACUCAUCCUAAAGAAGCAUACACUGUACCGCUCCCCUCCUGGACUUGUGCCCUCGAAACCAAGAAACCGGGCUUGGCAGAGAAACAAAAUGUGCUAGAAUUCCUGAUCUCAUCUCCAGUCCACCCGCCGGUGCCGUACUGUCUGUACCCCGAGAAUGGGCUCCUUAUAUCAGCCACUGGAGAUGGGUCCUUACCAGAGAACUUGGACAAUUAUAUGACCACACGCUUGGAGGCCUGCAGCCAAGACGGUACCUUGGUGCCAGUGACAUUGUUUCAUGGAUUAUCUGUGGAGAGUCUGAGGCAGGCACCACUGCUAGUCCAUGUCUAUGGAGCUUAUGGCAGAGAUCUUAACAUGGACUUUUGCCCCCCCAAAAAAAUGCUACUGGAGCAAGGCUGGAUUCUGGCCUACUGCCACAUCAGAGGUGGAGGCGAGCGUGGACUUACUUGGCAAAGACAAGCCCGUGUGGAGGGGAAGCAUAGAGGAGUGGAGGACCUCCAAGCCUGUCUCCAUCACCUUUUCUCUUCAGGAGUCUCCUCUCCUUCACUUACUGCCCUGACAGCCUGCAGUGCUGGAGCAGUGCCAGUGGGAGCACUGUGCAACAGACACCCACACAUGAUACGGGCUGUCACACUGCAGGCUCCUUUUCUGGAUGUGUUGGGAACCAUGCAGGAUCCCAGCCUGCCUUUGACUUUGGAGGACAGAGAUGAAUGGGGGGACCCAGUGGGAAACCCAAAACACAGACAUAUCAUCACCUCCUACUGUCCUUUUCACAACAUUACUCCUCAGCGCUACCCAUCAAUGCUGCUGACAGCCUACAGUGGUGAUGCCAGGGUUCCUCUGGCAGGAAUCAUCAAAUACGCUGAAAAGCUGAAGACAGUAAUUCAUACACACUUGAGCAUGCAGCCAAAGUCAGAAUGGGAACCAGCACCAAGCAUAGUUCUGAAUAUCCAGCCUGGAGCAAAUCACCUCGGACCAGAAGACUUUGAGCAGAUUCUGGAGGAGGAAGCCCUCAAGUUGGCGUUUCUAUACACAGAGCUGGGCCUGGAGCCUCCUCGGCCUCCACGCAGGAGAAAGAGAUAGCAAGGCGGUCAGAAAGGAGAACUACAUUGAUCCAAGCAUCUGCUGUUACCGCCACAAGGAUGACACAAAGGUGCUAA